AUGGUAGCAUCCAUCUCUCUUUUCCUUGUUUACAUUGAAGUUAUAAUUCUCCUCUCAAGCUUCAACCUGCUUGGUUUAGCAACCGCAAGCCCUGUGGUAAGAGGAAAUGACACUGAUCAACAAGCUUUACUCCAGUUCAAAGCAAAGAUAACCGGUGAUCAUCUCAGAAUUAUGGAGUCCUGGAAUAGUUCCAUUCACUUCUGUCAGUGGCGUGGUGUUACAUGCGGUCGCAAGCACCAUAGAGUCACUAAGUUGGAACUGCAACUCCUCAAACUCUCGGGAUCUUUGUCACCAUUCAUUGGAAAUUUGAGCUUUCUCAGGGAGUUGCGUCUUGCUGGUAAUAGCUUCUACAAUGAGAUGCCUCCAGAGAUCGGUCGGUUAAGAAGACUCGAAAAAUUAGACCUGACCAAUAACUCCAUCAGUGGUGAAAUUCCUUCCAAUCUAUCUGCUUGUUCUAAGCUUACAUCAGUUUAUCUGAUAAGCAAUCAGCUGACAGGAGAAAUACCUUCCCUGCUAGGUCUCUUGUCAAGCCUAAAAUCCUUGAUCUUUUACAACAACAGUUUGAGAGGGAGUAUCCCACCUUCGUUGGGGAACUUGUCAUCCCUGGAGAUACUUGGUUUGUCACUUAAUCAAUUCACAGGGAUUAUACCUGAAACUCUUGGACAAUUGACGAAUCUUUCAGAGUUCUUCAUAGAAGAAAAUAUGAUUUCUGGUGAUGUUCCUGCUGCAAUGUUCAAUCUCUCCAACAUUAGAGUCUUCGAUGUCGGUUCAAACAAGAUUCAAGGUACCCUUCGUUCUGAUUUGAUCAUUGCUAUGCCAUACGUUGAGUUCUUUGCUGUAUCGGCAAACCAAAUCUCCGGACAAAUCCCGAUUUCGAUAUCCAAUGCCUCAAACCUAAAUAUACUUCAAUUUUCCGAGAACAGACUCAGUGGACAUGUGCCUUCGGUCGAAAAGCUGGAUAAACUGUUUACAUUUCUCAUUUCCGGAAACCAUUUGGGACAAGGCAAAGAAGGUGACUUGAACUUUGUUUGCACUUUAGUCAAUAAGACAAAACUAGAAACUGUAGAAAUAGGCAAAAAUAACUUUGGAGGUAUAUUCCCAGAAUGCAUUAGCAAUUUUUCUAACACACUUUUGAAUUUAGGAAUAGCAGAGAGCAAAAUAUCAGGAAGAAUCCCAGAAGGAAUUGGAAAUCUCAUCAAUUUAGAGGAGCUAUGGUUAUCAGAAAAUCAACUAUCAGGCCCUAUACCCUUAAAUAUUGGGAAGCUUCAAAAGAUACAGAGAUUUUACGGCGAAAGUAAUUAUCUAUCCGGGACUAUUCCUCAUUCUAUUGGAAAUAUAACAAUGUUAACUGAGCUUGUUUUAGAUUUUAACCAUCUUCAAAAUAGCAUUCCUUCAACUCUAGGUAAUUGCCAAAAGUUAAUCGUUAUGAUUCUUUCUCAUAACGAUCUUAGUGGACCAAUACCCCCUCAAGUACUUAGACUCCCAUCCUUGUCCAUUGGAUUGGACUUAUCAUCGAACUAUUUGACUGGCGACCUUCCUGUUACCAUAGAAAAAUUGAUAAAUCUAGGCGAAUUACGUGUUUCUCAAAAUAGGUUAUCUGGUUUGCUUCCGAAUAACCUUGGUAGUUGUGUAAGUCUGACGAAGCUGUUCUUGGAUGGCAAUUUGUUUGAAGGAUCCAUUCCUUCGUCUUUGAGUUCAGAGAGGGGUCUUGAGGCAUUGGAUGUAUCUAGCAACAAUCUUUCAGGCAGGAUUCCAAGAUUUCUAGUGAGCUUUGGUGCAUUAAAGUAUCUAAAUCUAUCUUUCAAUGGUUUUGACGGAGAGAUACCAAGUGAAGGAGUUUUUAAGAAUGCAAGUGCUACAUUCGUUAGUGGGAACAAUAAGCUUUGUGGAGGCAUCCCUGAGUUUCACUUGUCGAGAUGUAAUUCGGAAGCAUCGUCAAGCACCUCUCUUAAACUAAAAAUCGCAAUUGUUUUUGGGAUUUUAGGACUGGUUUUGGUAUUCUCUUUUAUCCUUAUCAUAUGGUUUAGAAAGAAGAAAGAGUAUCAACCAACAACAACUGGUCCAGAAAAUUCGCUUUUACAUUUAUCAUACCAAAGCAUCCUAAGGGCUACCGAUGGAUUCUCCCAGCAGAAUUUGCUUGGUUCGGGAAGCUUCGGUUCUGUAUACAAAGGAAUUCUUGAAGAGGGUGGAGCAACUAUUGCAGUAAAGGUGCUGAAUCUUCUGAAUCGUGGAGCUCCAAAGAGUUUCAUGGUUGAAUGCGAGGCCUUGAAGAACAUUCGACAUCGGAAUCUUGUCAAGGUAUUAACAGCAAUUUCAGGUGCAGAUUAUCAAGGAAAUGAUUUUAAAGCCUUGGUUUAUGAGUUCAUGGUAAAUGGAAGCUUGGAGGACUGGCUGCAUCCAUCUGUCCCCGCGAAUGGACCGGAGACAGUUAGACACUUGAACUUUUUCCAACGAGUAAGUGUGGCCAUAGAUAUUGCCCAUGCGUUCGAAUAUCUGCACCAUCAUUGUGAAACAUCGAUCAUACAUUGUGACCUCAAGCCAAGCAAUAUUCUGCUCGAUAAGGAAAUGGUUGGACAUGUAGGUGACUUUGGCUUGGUAAAAAUUGUUUCUGCAGAUACGCUCAACUGUUCUACUAAUCUUUCAAGCUCCCUUGGAUUAAGAGGAACUAUUGGUUAUGCUCCACCUGAAUAUGGCAUGGGAAGUGGGUUAUCGACAAAAGGUGAUGUGUAUAGUUAUGGCAUACUCUUGCUAGAGAUGUUCACGGGGAAAAGGCCGACUGAUGAAAGAUUUAAAGAAGGACUAAGUCUUCGCAACUUUGUUGAGACAGCGUUGCCCGAACGAGUGGUUGAGAUUAUAGAUCCCAUUCUUCUUGAAGAGAGCGUACAACGAAGAACAAUCGCGGACAUCACUCUCAAUGAAAACAGCCAGAGAAAUGACAAACAUUUUCAGUGCUUGAGUUUGAUAAUGGAAGUAGGACUUACUUGUUCUGCUGAUUCACCGAGUGAACGGAUGAACAUGAGUGAUGUUGUUACCAAGCUUUGUUCUAUUCUAGACGAGUUUCUUCGUCCAACUCGAUUACAUCGUGGGAUUCGAACUCCAAAAGCUGCUCAACCAGCAGUCUUUCCACCAUCUCAAUUUCUAAGAACAUCCCUCGCCCCUCUUUCGAAUCUUGACUCGAUCACAAACACAGAUGAUGCGCCGGCUGUAUCGAUCUUUAUCGAUCUCGCAAGUCUGUCACCACUCUUUUUGCCCGAAAUGCAGAAUACAACACCAAAGAGUUCACUGCACUCAUAUAACCAAGAUUGUUUGCUUCACCAUUACACAUGCACCGGACUUUACGGGAUGUUGUAUUCAGCAUCUCAAACUCAAAAAGUGAAGGAUAGCCAUUGGACAUUGCUAGCCAAAACUUAUUACAAUGUUCAUUUCCAAUCGAUAAAGUUUGUUCUAGAGAUUCUCAACCAUUUCUGA